AUGAAGGCCUCCACCAUCUGCUCUACCAUCAUCUCCAUGGCCGUCGUUGCCACUGCCAUCCCUACCGCCGACGUCGCCAUUGAGGCCCGCACCGACAAGACUAUCGGCGAGGCCUCAAACACCUGCAAUGCCAACCAGGUUGUCUCGUGCUGCAACACGUCCACCAAGCAGACCAGCGUUGGCGGCAUCCUCAGCCCCGUCCUCACUCUCCUCGGCCUCGGCAACACUCUCAGCGGCAACAGCUGCAGCGGCCUCAGUGUCCCCGUCCUGAGCGGCAUCCUCGGUUCCAGCGCCAGCUCUGUCUGCGGUGCCGAUAACUCUGUCCAGUGCUGCGGCGGCGACAAGCAGACUGGCUUUAUCAACGUCAACCUCGGCGUCCUUGAGUGCUCCCAGGUCCUCUAA